AUCGCAUACCGAAAAGGAGCAUUACUCCGCAUAUCACACAUAUUCUCCCUCCCAUCUCUGGCAGGCAAAGUGAUAACUUGUUUACCAAUUACCAGGCCCACCCACUUGAUCCUCUCAACCCAUAUCUUCUGCGUUUCUCUCACCUUCAACCCCAAAAUUAACUCCCAAGUCGGCAUCUUCCCAAGCUAAAUCUCGAAUCUUGACCCAGAAAUUUGGUGAAAAAUGACAGGUGAGAAGCUGAAGGUGAUCAUGAAGGACUCAACAAUGGUCAAACCAGCAAAACCCACACCUGCAAAGAGGCUGUGGAACUCCAACUUGGAUUUGAUAGUGGGCAGAAUCCAUCUGUUGACUGUGUAUUUCUACAAGCCAAACGGGUCCCCAAAUUUCUUUGAUUCAAAGGUGAUGAAGGAGGCUCUCAGCAAUGUUCUGGUCUCAUUUUACCCCAUGGCUGGGAGGUUGGCUAGGGAUGAGGAAGGGAGGCUGGAGAUUGACUGUAAUGGUGAAGGGGCUCUGUUUGUUGAGGCUGAAAGUGAUGCCUCCAUUGAUGACUUUGGUGACUUUGUCCCAAGUUUGGAGCUUAGAAAGUUCAUUCCUUCUGUUGAUACUUCUGGGGAUAUCUCUUCUUUCCCACUAGUCAUUUUCCAGGUAACACGAUUCAAGUGUGGUGGAGUGUGUCUUGGAACGGGGGCGUUUCACACACUGUCUGAUGGAGUAUCCUCCCUCCAUUUCAUCAACACCUGGUCAGAUGUGGCUCGUGGCCUCGCUGUUGCAGUCCCACCAUUCAUUGACCGCACCCUCCUUCGUGCUAGGGACCCUCCAACCCCAGCGUUUGCACACAGUGAGUAUGACCACCCUCCCAAGCUCUUGUCAUUACCCGAAGCCAAAUGCGGCCCUAACGCCAACACCGCCAUGCUCAAAAUCACCCAAGACCAACUUGUUCAUCUCAAGAGCAAGUCCAAACAUGAGGGUAGCACAUAUGAGAUCCUAGCAGCCCACAUAUGGCGGUGUGUUUGCAAGGCCCGCGGACUGCCCGACGACCAACCAACAAAGCUCUAUGUUGCCACCGAUGGGCGGUCCCGCCUUUGCCCUCCUCUUCCACCGGGCUAUUUAGGUAAUGUGGUUUUCACGGCUACACCAAUGGCCGAAUCGGGAAGUCUCCAAACUGAACCACUCACAAACUCAGCGAAGAGAAUCCACUCGGCGUUGGCUAGGAUGGACGAUGGGUACCUGAGGUCAGCCCUCGACUUCUUGGAAUGCCAAAAGGAUUUGUCCAAACUCGUGCGUGGCUCAACCUACUUUGCAAGUCCCAACCUAAACAUCAACAGCUGGACUAGGUUGCCCGUUCACGAGUCGGACUUCGGUUGGGGAAGACCGGUCCACAUGGGGCCAGCCUGCAUUUUGUAUGAGGGGACGGUGUACAUAUUGCCCAGCCCGAACAAGGACAGGACGUUGACCUUAGCGGUGUGUUUGGAUGCUGAACAUUUGCCACUCUUCAAGAAACUCUUAUAUGAUAUAUAAUCCAAACUUCCCAACAGUGUGAUGAUAGAACCGUUUUUGGAUUUAACUAUAGUGUUUCCUUCCCACGUCCCUUUUUGUCUCUGCCUUCAAAAAAUAAGUGCUACCUCUAUGAUAUGAUAGGAAGGAAUAUGUAUCUCUUCAAUUCUUCAUCCAUCCAUCCAUGUUUUUUUGCAAUAAUAGAACUACUUCUGUUAUUCCACUUCAUCUACGUCUAUU